GAGAAAACAACGGGAACAUCGCAUUUGGCGCGCUUCUAGAGUAAAUGGCGUUGUUCUUGUCUGGACACGCACGUUGACAGUGUGUGAAUUGUGGCUUUCGUUUGACGUUUCUUAUCGGCGUUUAUUUGGAACUAGUUGUGCGAUUGCAAGCUGAGAAGACGCUAUGGAGAACCGCCUGACUGCUGGCGCGGUAGAGCGCAUUCUCAACAAUCAGCAAGUUGACAAGCCCAUAUUGCAAGUUUUGAACUUCAAGCCCAUUAGCAGCAACACAGCUGAUAGAUACAGGCUGCUGCUGUCGGAUGGUGUUCAGUGUCACACAUACGCCAUGCUGGGCACACAGCUCAACGGCAUGAUCACCAACAAUGAGAUUGACAAAUUUGCUGUGGUGCAGUUGGACAAGUAUAUGUGCAACGUUGUCAGUCCGGACAAGAAAGUUCUGAUUGUGCUGGACUUGACCGUGAUAGCUAAAGGCUCUACAGUGGGCUGCAGGCUGGGGAGCCCUGUAAUACCAACAUCGUCAUCCUCUGGUGCUGCACAGCCUACAGAUGGUGGAACCAAUAAGGCACCACUUCAGCAGAACAAUGCUGCACCAUCGUCAUUUGGAAACCGGGCAUACCCCGCUUCUACCAGUGAUGUCGUUGUUGUCCCCAUUGCCAGCCUCACUCCAUAUCAGAACAGGUGGACCAUCAGAGCGCGUGUCACAAACAAGUCCAACAUUCGUACUUGGAGCAACUCCAAGGGGGAAGGGAAACUCUUUUCAAUGGACCUUCUGGAUGAGAGUGGAGAGAUACGUGCCACAGCUUUCAAUGCUGAGUGUGACCGCUACUACGACGUUAUUGAAGUCAACAAGGUGUACUACAUUUCAAGAGCCGUUAUCAAGAAUGUCAAGAAAGGCUACUCGUUUUCAUCGAUAAAGAACGACUUCGAGAUGUCACUCAUUUCAGAGACAACUAUUACGCCAUGCGAUGACGUUACUCCAAACAUCCCUACACUUCAGUUCAACUUUGUGCCCAUUUCACGUCUGCAGGAAAUAAGCAAGGACAGUGUAAUCGAUGUCAUCGGAGUCUGCAAGUCGGCGAGCGACUUACAGACAGUGACACGCCGCACCACCAGUCAGGAACUCAAGAAGAGGGAUGUGAGCCUUGUGGAUCGAAGUGGCACUGAGGUGUCUCUUACCCUCUGGGGAGAUCAGGCAGAAAAGUUUGAUGGCUCUGACAACCCUGUCGUGGCUGUUAAAGGAGCACGUGUAUCGGACUUCAGUGGCGUUUCCCUCUCCCUCAUCAGCUCAAGCAUGCUUCAGGUGAACCCAGACAUUCCAGAGUCCCACGCCCUGAUGGGUUGGUACAGUAGGGAGGGAACACUUCUGCAGACGCACUCCCUUUCCAAUCAGAGAGGUGGACCAAUGGGAGGCAACUCAAACUGGAAGUCGAUAGCGCAGGCCAAGGCUGAAGGCCUGGGCCAAGGGGACAAGCCAGACUACUACAGCGUCAAGGCAUGUGUGUCGAUCAUCCGCAAGGAAAACUGCCUCUACAAGGCCUGUCCGAGCGAGAAUUGCAACAAAAAAGUGAUCGACCUGCAGACUGGAUAUUACCGCUGCGAAAAGUGUGCCCAGGAGACCAUGGAAUUCAAGUGGAGGCUUCUUGUUUCGGCAAACUUGACAGACUUCAGCGAUGGCCAAUGGGUAACCUGUUUUGGCAAGGAGGCUGAGAUGCUUAUUGGGGCAUCUGCAGAGGACUUGGGCGAAAUGUACUCAAAUUCCAGCAAGGAGGACAGCAGAUUUGAGGACACCCUUAAUGAUGUUCCCUUCAAGCCUUUCAUCUUCCGCCUUCGCACCAAAGUGGAGGUCUACAAUGACGAGAGCCGCUUGAAGACUUCCGUAAUGUCCGUUUCCCCGGUCGACUAUGUUGAAUAUACAAAAAAGCUGCUCAAGGACAUUGCCGAGCUGAAGAAAAACUUGUGAUUGCUUGGUAGAAAAUCAAAGAACAGCUGAAGGAAGUUGCUUUCAAGAUCUGCAUUGUGCAGUAUUAGAAGAUCAGUGCCUAAUUAAGCAGUUGAGAUACACUUUGUAAUCAUGCUGGCAUAUUAAACGAUGAACUCGCGUGUCUAACUCUGCACUGCUUGCAGCUUAUUGCACUACAUGCAUGUACCACAAUCUUGAAGGUGAAUUACUACUCAGGUGAAAUGGCUCAGAUCAUUCUCAAGUGUGUUCAUUAAUAUGUACGUCAUAUCUCAAGAUUCCGGUAGUAUGUGUAGUUUGAGAUAGCAUUAACAAUCUCAUCAAUGUCGGACUUGUAUAAUAAUGAUUUUUCUCUGUCUAUAACUUAACCAUAUCACACCGGUUGACCAUAUUACCAUUUGUUGUUUGUUAUUGGCAUGAGAUGUUGUUGCUUUGCUUACUCCUAACAUUUCUGUGCGAGAGCAGUGUUACGGUACUGUGCUGCAUUAAAUUGCUGUACUUCAAUUAUGCAAAGA